ACAAUUUUAAAAUAAAUCAAACUGCUCCAAUUUAUGCUAUUAUUAGUUCUAAAAUUUCAUUGAAAAUAAUGUUAAUUAGUGCUUGUUCAAACAACCAGUACACUGAGUUCCUAAAUGUGUUGAUACUAGAGAAAUUAGUAUCUUUGUAAGAAAGGCCAAGAAACUGGAAACAUCUCUGUAGGAUGAAAAGAAAAACUCUGUGGCAAGUUGAGUAAUAACACACAGAUACCUUUCACAUCAUGUUUUUGGGGCCUUAUUUUUGUAGUUAUGAGGGUCUAAAGGCAACAACAAGACAAAUUUUAGAGGUAAAGGUAAGAUAUUUUAUCAAAACAACCAUCUUAGCUGAAAAAAAGAAUGUCUUGGAUACUCAAAAACUUCUCUACUUUUUCAAUUUAUAAUAGUGGAUUUAAUAAAAGAUGCUACUUUUUCCUAUAAACCCCAUUUUUGUCUGAAAUUCAGACAUAAAAGAUCAUUUAGAUUUUGAGAAUGUUAUGGAAGACAAAAUUUUCUAUCAAAGGCUACGGUAUAAAGUAGUAUAAAGUAGCAAAUGGAGAGGGGAAAUAGAUGGGAUAAAUGCAAUGUAUCCAUUACACGAGUGCAUUACUAUUUUGAAAAUCAUACAGGCUUAAAUUGUUCUACAAUUCAAAAACUGUAUCACUUAAUCUUUUAUCUGUUGUUGUUUUGGUUGCUAUAUACAGGAUAAGCAGAGUAUUUUGUUAUUGAAAGGAAUGUGUCAACUGAAAAUGAAAUUUUCAAAGAAUGAUGCAUAUAGUGGCUGUAUUUCCAUGGUGAAGCCUUUUGCGUAGAGUUAAUGAAGUUCUUGGGGUCCAAGGGAAUAAAAGGUGCUAUAUAAAUGUAAGAAAUUAUCAUUAAAAAGUUUUUUCCUCCAGGCAUUUGGGAUUUUGCUUUGUGUGUUACAGGGAGGCAUUUGCAAUCUUCUUUCAUUCAAAAUGCUUCAGUUUAGAUCUGCUCCAACUCUCUCUCUGCAACUUCAGCUACAAAAAUGUUUGUAUGAAAAAACAAUUUCUAAAUUGGUUUCAGUUAAUCAUAUUUUUCUGCUAACAUGACAGCCUGCUUUCAUUUAAGCUUUUUAUAACCAGCUGAAGACCAGGAGGAACUAGGUAGCAACCUUCUCUCAAGAGGUUUUCAAAUGCUCUUUUAACCAUUAAUUAGGCCUCCUCCACAUUGGUGGAGAAAUGACACAGGACACAGCUAAAAUUCCUGGAAACAAAAAGCCAGCUGUGCAAUAUCUGCCUUAAUUUUCAUGAAUCGUAUCAUAUGGUCCUCUACUGGCCACACAUGUUCUUUCACUCAUCUUACAGUGCUUCAUUGGAGGCUGGUCCUAAAAUUUCUAUUUCAUGCACACAUUCAAUCCCAAUUUUGCAUCAUUCUGUGUGUAUUUCUCAAGUCUAACAUGCAACCUUUAAGAUCAUCUACUACUUUUCACAUAAGCAUAAGUGGAAAAGACAGUGGAAUUAGAACUCAAGAGUUCUGAUAGCACUGGACGUAACCUUUUGCAACACCGCCAUUUUGAUGAAAUGUUCCAUGAAUUCAAGCCAAAUGUGGAUUUUUUGUUUGGAUCCACAGAUUGUGUGGAUCAUUUUAGAGAGUCCACUACUGCUUGGGCCUUUCAGCUCAAGUAGUAAGUUGAGGGACUAGGCAAAGUGCUAGGCAUCUUUAAAUUCUUAAUAAAAUUGUUGUAUUUGGCAGCAUUAGAACUAAAGUUCAGAUUUCCUUAAGCUAACCAUUUUACUUGUUCACAAAUAGAUCUAAAAUGUAACAAAACACUGCAUCCUCUUCUGUAAGUUAGUGCUUUUAUAGAAUUUGGUAUUCUUCAACAGAACUGAAGCAAGAAUUGCUGAUGCUUAAAAAUUAUCUGCUAGGUGACAAAAUACAUGUAAGUGUGAUGACCUUAAGAUAAUUGGGUACAAUAAAAUAUAUGAUGUUCAGCAAGAAGCAUAGGGGUAGUAUUAAUACUUGCUUUUUUCACGUUUUUAUUGUUUGUAUUCUGGUUAGCAUGGAGCCCGUAUGACCAAGAAUCAUAGAAGAAAUCUGUGAACAAGGUGAUAAUGUUCCUUGUGUUUAAGAGCAGUGGAAAACUGUCCAUACAUGCUCCAAAAUCUCAGAACUUGAUUUUGUAAAUGUAUCUUUUCAGAAAACAAGCUUAAUUCUCAGAAGAAUAACAUUAGCACUUGUUAGGGGACUGAGUGCUUUAGGGUACUGUUAAUGAAAUUCAUAGCCUUUUGGCUGUGGGCCAUCAGUUUGAAUUCAGUCUAACUCGGUGGAGAUUAAAAAUUGGCCUAUUUAGUGGCCUUUUAGUCAUCUCUAACGAGAUGAGUUUGGUGGUUCUCAGUCCCAUAACGUAAAGCAUUCACACUGCUUUCUUCUAACUGGCAAGCUCCAGAGAAAGCCAAAAAUUUAAUGGAUUCUGGGAAAAAUUAAUCUCUAGUGCCAUGAAAAAAAAACAAAGAAAAGCAAAAGCCUUGAGUCACACUACUUACACAAGCACUAACAAACAGACUAUUUUUAAAUGUGGACUUUACAGUGAUAUAUAAAGUUUAUAAAUGGACAAAUUAGCUGAACAUGUGACAUAUGUUACCACACAGCUAUACAGAAUGCAACAUGACAAAAACUCCCAAAGGGGAUACCUACACCUGUGCAUAAGAUCACACCAACACAUUAAAUGUUUGAAUGUCUCUGGGAUUCACUUCUAAAAAAAAAAAUAGGAUCAGAACAGAUAUCUGAAAAGAUGCUGAAAACGAUUGCUUAGUCUGCCCUCCAAUACUUCACAGCAGAGUCAAACACUUCUAAUCUUUUCUUACAGAUAUUUAUCUUGGUCUUAAAAAAUAUUUAAUGUUUCCAGAAUCCUCUAGAGAAUAUAUGCCAGUUUUAUUUAUCCAUAUCAUAGUAAAACUUUUCCUAAUGUCUAACCUAAACUUCUUCCAGUGCUGUUUGAGACUGUUAAUUUUUGCCCUGCCUGCAAUGGAUUUAGUGAACAAUGUAUUUUUCUCCCCACAGUCUUUUAUUUUCUAGACUAAAAAAUCUCAAACAUUCCUAUUUUGUUAGGGUCAUGUCCUUUAAAAAUAUCGGUAUUUUUUUCCCUUCCUUGUACUCCCUUCUGUUGGAUUUUUUUGACAGUUUUUCUUGAAAUGCAGAGCCCAAAUCUGAACACAGUAUUACAGCUGAGGCUUUACCAGUAUUGCAUAUGAGAAUUUCUCCCUAUGUCUUAGAUAGGACAGUUCUGUUUACACAUCUCUCUGUACUGCAGCUUUUUUCACAACGGUGUGACACUGUUGGUGCAUGUUCAGUUUGUGAUCUACUCUGAUCCCCAACCCCUUUUCUGAAGGCCUGGUGUGUAUUUGUCUGAUCCCAGUCUUGCAAUUGUGCAAUUGUUAUUUUCCUGCUUAAAUGCUGAAAGUUGGCACUUGUAUUUACUCAGUUGCAUCCUAUUUCUGCAAUCAGUUUGUCAAGAACAUUUUGAAUUCUUUUCUUGUCCUGCAACAUGCUUCCAGCUCUGCCAGUUUGUCAUUGUUGGCAAAUCCAACCAAUGUAAUCUGUACUCUGUCAUUCACAUAACUAGACUUGGUACCAAACUCAGGACAUACCUCCAAGGGUCUGUAGUUGCUGUAUGUCGCUAUUUGUCACAAUGAAGCACUGCUGAUGUAGUUUUGCGCCAGGGCAGAGUCAUUUCAUUAGGCCUCUUGCUUGCUCAAUUAAGACUUCUCUGAGAUGGUGUCAAAAGCCAUACUCAAGUCAAGCUGUAACAGAUCUACCACUACUGCCAUCCAAGGCCUGUUAAGACUGUCACAGCAUGGGAUGAGUUUGGCUUGAUGUGAUUUUCUUGACAAAUCCAUGUUGGCUGUAACUUAUCACUUCAUUAGCCACCAUGUACUUAAAGAUGUGUGAUUAUUUGCUUCAAUACUUUUCUGGGAAUAGAGGCUGGAAUGAUUGACAGUUCUUGGCUCUACCUAUUCACCUCUUUUGAAUUGGAUGUGCCGUGUUUUGCCUUUUUCCCCCUCCUGAAAUCUCAGUGGUCUUCGUGAGCGUUCAGUGAUGCCUGCUCACACCUCUAACAUUGCCUUAAUCAACUUCCCGCUCUAGUGUGAAAUCCCCUGGGCCUAGCAAAUCUGAAGGAAAAAAGUCUGAUUUAUCAAAGCAGUCUCUCCUUCACGCAUUUAUUAUUCUCCCCUGUAUCCCUGCCCUUUUUGAAUUGGGGUUUGCCACCAGAAGCAUUACUCUGAAGAAAACAUGGCACUGAAUGCUCCUACUUUCUCGGCGUUGCCUCACAGCUUCCCGCCCCCCGGAAUGGACUGACAGUCCCCAAGUCGUCUCCUCUUCCCUCGCGUCGCUCCUCUGCUCCCAGGUUUCCUGUUCCCCCCUCACGUCGUUCGCCAGCCGCGGCUUGUCGCAGGAGCCAGCCCUUCUCCCUGGCACGGCGAGCGCCUUUGUACAGCUCCUGCAGUACUUGACCUAGUUUUCCACUUUCUGUGGGAAAGGCACCGCCAGGCAACCGACACACCGACUUCCCGCGCGCGCUGCGCGGCUUGGCGCAGGUUUGUUUUAAUUUGGAAGUGGAUCUCACAGCUUAAUGUAAAUCAAAGGAAAAAAGGAUGUCAAGAGUGGUCUUCCUUGAUUUCGAUGAAGGACCAAUGCAGGAAGUCAUGGAUAUUAGCUUAUAAAUGUACUUAAUGGACAGACCAGCAAUAUGGAUGAUUUAGAGAUAAAUACUGAAGUCACUGGUGCUAAAGAAGAAGAAGAAAUCCUAUGUGAUGAUAAUUUUGUAUCUGAGGAAGAGGGUGGCAUUCCCAAACCACAAGAGAGCGACACAUCAUUUCAGAAGAACAAUACGUUGACUCUGCCUGAGGAGCUAUCAAGGGACAGAUCUGAAAAAGCCUUAAGUGGAGGCCAGAGUUCUCUAUUUAUACACACUGGUGCUCCUACUGUUUCUAGCGAAAACUUUAUCUUGUCUAGAGGAACUGCUGUUAAUGGACCAGUUUCACACUCCACCUCAACUAAGACUUCCAUUAUGAAUAAAGGCAGUGUUUCAUUAACCACUGGACAGUCUGUAGGUCAUCACACAGAUUCCUGCUCAACUCUGACGGUGGUUCAUGAUCUUCAGCUGCCUACAAAGAGCGCAACACAGAAAUCAAAUCAGCACCAAGUUUUAUUUUUGUUACCUGAUGUAGCACAUGCUAAGAACCUGACUCAUUCCAUUAAAAAUCUACCUACCUCUGCUUCAGUUGGUUGUGAUUCACAGAAAUCAGUAGGAAAUAGUGUAGACAGCACUUUAGUAGGCCAAGUAGAAGUUUGUGAGGAUGACAAAAAUUUGCUAGUAAAAGAUGACUGUGUUGAUACGUUAACAGGCAUUUCCUCAGGUACAGGUGGUUUCAGAUCGGGAUGUGAUCCCAGCUGGGAUCCACAAAAAGAGUUUAUACAGUUUCUUAUGACAAAUGAAGAAACAAUAGAGAAGUCUCCCAUUCACUGUAAAGUGGGCUUAGAAAAAAAGCGAAAAAGGAAAAUGGAUGUUAGUAAAAUAACACGCUAUACUGAAGACUGUUUUGGUGAUACCAGUUGUAUUCCCAGUAAAUCAAAACUAUUAAAUGUUGACUUCUUAGAGCAGAAUGAGGAGCUACAAAUAGUAGAACCACAAAAAUACUCAUUGAGUAAAGUAAAGCCUGAAUCCACAGAUGAAGAGCUGGAAGCUGCUGAUGCUAUCCAGCAACUCAUUUAUAGUCCCACUAGUAACUGUGCAGAAGAUACUUCUCCUGUUCACACUAGCACUUUUCUUUCCAAUACUUUAAAAAAUAAAUGUGAACAGAAUGAUUCUGAAUCGCCACCUACUUUCAGUACUGAUGAACCAUCAUUUUAUCCCUGUACAAAGUGCAAUGUGAAUUUUAGGGAGAAGAAACAUCUGCAUAGGCAUAUGAUGUACCAUUUAGAUGGGAACAGUCAUUUCCGACAUCUCAAUGUCCCCAGGCCCUAUGCAUGUAGGGAAUGUGGAAGGACAUUUCGAGAUCGUAAUUCACUUCUUAAACAUAUGAUAAUUCACCAGGAAAGAAGGCAGAAACUGAUGGAAGAAAUCCGUGAGCUGAAAGAACUUCAGGAUGAGGGUAGGAGUGCACGGUUACAGUGCCCACAGUGUGUAUUUGGUACCAAUUGUCCCAAAACAUUUGUGCAGCAUGCAAAGACCCAUGAAAAAGAUAAAAGGUAUUAUUGCUGUGAGGAAUGCAAUUUCAUGGCUGUGACAGAAAAUGAACUGGAAUGCCAUCGAGGGAUAGCUCAUGGAGCAGUAGUCAAAUGUUCAAUUAUCGGUAGCGACAUGUCCCAGAGGAAAACACAGAAAAAGGCAUCCUUGAAAGAUCCAUAUUUAGGAUCCUCAAAAAAAUCAUCAACAUAUAUGUGUAAGAUGUGUCCAUUUACUACUUCAGCUAGAAGCAUUUUAAAAAAACACAUGGAAUAUUUGCACCCAGCAUCAUGCAUUGAUCCCUUCGGUAGCCAUCUUAGACUAGAAAAAAGGAAAGGCAGCAUAAUAGAAGAAUCUUUAGGUUUUGGUAGCAGGACAAAACAGUUGAUCAAACAAUCUUCUACUUUUCCAAAGAACUCUGUUUUAAAACAGGAUGUAAAAAGAUCAUUUGGCUCUACUUCACAGUCCAGUAACUUCGCAAAACUUCACAAGAGACCCUACAGGAUACAGAAGGCUCGGAAAAGCGUUUCACAGCCAUCUGUAAGUGUGUGCAAUCUAAAUUCUACAAACAAGACCUUUUUGAUUAGAAAUAGCAUUGAGCAGAAACCUAAAUGUUUUCAUCAAGCAGCAAAGCAGAAAGCUAGUGUGAAAACAAGUGGUAAUUUAUAUAGACACAAAUAUGAAAACUACAGGAUGAUUAAAAAAUAUAGUGACUCUUAUCCUUUGCAUUUAAAAAAGGAAGAGUCCAACUCUGUCAGUUCUUUGCAUUUAUUUUCUUCAUCAAGUAGUUCCUGUAAUAAUUGUUUUGUCAUGGAUUCAAAUAAUCUUGAUUGCAAAAUGGCAGAAGGCUGUAAAGAUCAUAGGCGUGUAGCUGUUAAAAGAGUGGUUAAAGAAUCCAAGAGGGAAGGCUCUGUUACAGGAGAUGAUUUGGAUUGCUAUCCAGAUUUUCUGCAUAAAAUGACUGUUGUUGUUUUACAGAAACUUAACUCUGCUGAAAAAAAAGACAGCUAUGAAACGGAGGAUGAAAGUUCAUGGGAUAAUGUUGAACUAUGUGAUUACACUACACAGUCUGUGGAGGAUGAAUCUUACAGUGAUAUUAAUCAGGAACAUGUAAACCUAUUCCCCAUAUUCAAAGGUAAAGUGGAAGAUCAUGAAGCUGGUGAUAAAUCUUCACUUAGUUAUGAGCAGAAUGAUGGCUUUUAUUUUGAGUAUUAUGAAGAUGCUGAGGGUGGUAACUUCCUGCAUGAUUUGCAUGAUCCUCAGAAUUUAGAAAAUGUGGGAUCAGCAUUGCCAAAGCAUAAUUCAGUUUUCCAUUGGACUGAUUUGUCGCUUGAAAAGAAGUCCUGCCCAUACUGUCCAGCAACCUUUGAAACAGGUGUUGGAUUGUCCAAUCAUGUCAGAGGACAUCUUCAUAGAGCUGGACUAAGCUAUGAAGCCCGUCAUGUUGUUUCACCAGAGCAGAUAGCAACAAGUGACAAAAUGCAACAUUUUAAAAGAACUGGAACAGGAACUCCUGUUAAACGUGUUAGAAAAGCGAUUGAGAAAUCUGAAACUUCCUCUGAGCAUACAUGUCAGCUCUGUGGAGGCUGGUUUGAUACUAAAAUUGGAUUGUCUAAUCAUGUGCGAGGACACCUGAAGAGGCUUGGUAAAACCAAGUGGGACGCACACAAGUCUCCAAUCUGUGUUCUGAAUGAGAUGAUGCAAAAUGAAGAGAAGUAUGAAAAAAUCCUAAAGGCUUUGAACAGUCGCCGCAUUAUUCCCAGACCGUUUGUUGCUCAGAAAUUUGCAUCAAAUGAUGACUUUUUAUCUCAGAACAUUAUACCUCUUGAAGCAUACCAUAAUGGCCUAAAGACUGAAGAUACAUCUGUGUCUGCAUCAGAGGAAGAAGGGCUGAGUUUCCUAAAUGAAUGUGAUGAAACAAAAGCAGUACUACAUGAUGAAAAAAAAAAUCAGUCACUUACACUGAUAGAACUCCUGAAAAAUAAGAGGUUAGGAGAAGAAAGACAUCCUGAUAUUUCUCCUCAAAAGAUUCAUAAUCAAACUGCAAGAAAGAGGUUUGUUCAGAAAUGUGUUCUUCCAUUAAAUGAAGACAGUCCAUUGAUGUAUCAGCCACAAAAAAUGGACUUGACUAUGCAGUCAGCUUUAGACUGUAAGCAAAAGAAGUCAAGGUCAAGAUCUGGAAGCAAGAAAAAAAUGCUGCCAUUACCUCAUAGUGCUGAUGAAGUUUACAUACUCAGAUGCAGGUUUUGUGGUCUGGUCUUUCGAGGACCUUUGUCUGUUCAAGAAGACUGGAUAAAGCACUUGCAGCGACACAUUGUCAACGCAAAUCUUCCACGGACUGGAGCUGGCAUGGUUGAAGUCACAUCACUACUUAAAAAGCCUGCUUCGAUUACUGAAACUUCAUUUUCUUUACUGAUGGCAGAAGCAGCAUCAUAGAACAAGGAAGCAUUUUGAAUUUUAAUUGGAUGUAAAUUUGAAAUACUUUGUCAUUUUUUAAAAUAAAUCGCUACACUAAAUUAUGUUUAUAAAUGCUAAAGACAGAAAAAUAGAGGAAGUGGAUUACAGUAACAUCAAAAUAAAUUGAAUACUUAACAGUUACAGUAAGUAGUCUUUAUAUUUUAUAUAGGGUGGAAGAUGUGUUUUUAAGGUUUAUUAUGUUUUUGUCAGUUACUGUGUUCACUAUCAAUACAAGACCAUUACAUGUAUGGCAGCCAUUUUUAAAUUGUUGCACAUGGGUACUUAAAAGACAGAUUUUAAUAAAACAAAGAAACCGUGUUCUCUUCAGUGUUACCCAAAUCAAGCCUCUGUUUAUUCCAAAAAGAGUUACAUAGUAAAAUAAGAUAUUAUUAUAUUUUGUUUGUAUGUAUGUAGUGUUUUGUAUAAUACCAAGAACUGCUAAUACAAUUUACUCAACUUAGGGCAUUAAAUAUCAUGUACUUCAUAGUUCAAGAGACUGUUUCAUUCAAAUAGGGCAAUUAGUACUAUUCUAUCUAGGUGUGUAAGUGUUUUUUUUAAAUCACAUGAGGCUUUUUGUACUAAAAAGUGGAGGGAAACUUGUUUAAACAAAUUUCUAAGAGAAAUAUGUACAUAAUACUGGAAAUUUAUGGUAAGGAAAUAUUCUUUACUUCAGUUGCAUUUCUCACUGACAAUAAAGUGGUGCAUCCAUGCUACCUCCUACUUGUCAACAAAGAUGGUAUUUACCCUUAUGUUUUUGUAUCAUAGUAGAUUCAAUCCAACUUUCUUUAUUACAAAGCAUCUUUUUGUUAACAAGUUUGUUUCUUUAUGAUGAUUUACUUUGUCUGACUUGCUUACAGAAGUUUGCCUCUCUACUAUUUUAUUUAACACUGUAGAAAUGUACUAAUAAGCAUUGCUCACUACACGGUUAGAGUAGAUUUUUCAUUUAUAAUUCUGUUUAAAAGAUUGAUCAAUUUAGAAAAUUCAAACACAGAUUGAAAUGUUUCUACAUAUGAAGAGAAUGUUUACAACUUAAAUUUUAGAGCUUGUUUUGGAUGUGAUUAUAUGUAUGAAAACUGUAACACUAUGCUCAUGCUAAGGACCUACUUACAGAAUUACUGAAAUAAAUGUGCUGUGAGGAUGGAAAUAUGGUGCAGGUGUCUUGGUCAUGAUGAAUUGUGUUUGUUCAUUUAACCUGUCUUCAGAACAUGAUUUUUGUUUAAAUCAAAUCAGAUUCCUCUACAAAUCAAUUUUGUAUGCAAGUAACAUUUCAUUUUACUCAUAUAGGGUAACAGAUACUGUAGUUAAGCCAAGGAUAUGCAUUGAUAUUUUCUUUAUAUGUAAAUAAAGUUAAAAGCAGUUAAAACAAGAGGAGUAUUUUGGUAGAGUAUAUACAUACCUCACUGCCAGUGAAAUUGCUUUCCUAUGGUAUAUCUCCUUACCAGAAAAAUCUCUAAAUAAAAAGGUUUAAAGAAAAUCUAAAUGUCUAUAAUGUGAAGCGUUUAUUUGCAUUGUGUGAAUUAAGUUUGUGAAAUUGAUUUGUCUUGCUUGAGAUUAGAAUCUUCUCAUGAUCUUAAGUGAAAGUACAUUUACUUGCAAUAAACUGACUUGUUCACAGACGCAUUACAUUUGAUUGGUGGAAAAUAUGAAUAAAUGUCUGUCUUCCUGUAUGUGCACAGCUAAGAGUUAACGCACGAGGCUUGUUAACAUUCUGAUAAAAUAGAUAGGCUAAAAAUGCACAGCUGUGCAGGACAGAGGCCUGAGACAAGGCCAUCCUAGCUCUGUCAAGGCUAUCAUUAAAUUAGAGCUAUUGUGUGUUUUGCUGUACAAGUUGCUACAGAUAACUUUAGCUUUACUGUCAAAAAUUAUUCCUUUUUUUUUUAAGCUGAAAAAUCUACAUCAGUACAUUUAAAGGCUGGAAAAAAAAUACUUUAGAGAUUUUAGGAAAGGUAACUCGGAUGUUGAAGUGUAUUGCAGACAAAUUAUGUGUGCAGAAUAACAAAUUUCUAAAUUUGUGGAUGAUUGUGGGAUUUUUUUGAUACGCUGUGAAAAUGGAAGAUUUACAGCAACCUGUUGAAACAGAAUAGAGGGAAGUGAUCAGAUCACCUUGAAUGUUUAUAAUGCUUUAAUAGAGUGCUUGUUUACCCUUCUCACCAAAAAAGGUGCUUGUGAGAGCACCCUAUUUUGUGGCUGUUUAAUAGAUGAAAAACUCAAGUAAGUACAAAUGAUAUUUAUCUAGUAUUGUUAAGAAUGCUUGUGAGGUGAAGCCAUACUGUGCGGAAAUUUGCAGUAGCAAAAAACUCGAUUAGGUUCAUAAUAAUAAGCUAGUUAAUUCUGUUUAAUUCAUUGAACCCCGGUAGUAAGCUGCUUUGUGUAACACUAAAAUGCAAGGUUGUGUCUGAAGAGCGGAAAGCUUUGGGCCCAAUUAGUUUCCAAAAUUAGUUUCUCUUGAUGAGGAACAGCAGUUUGGUGGUGGGCUUUUUUGUGGGUACAUGGGAGCUGUGUGCCCUGCUUGUCAGAUCCUUGGCCGUGUAGUUUGAAACAUAUACAGAAGUUCUAGAAGUCUUCUGAUUAUUAAAUUAAUUGCAUAUAUGGUUUAUAUGGACUGAAUAAUCUUAAAAAAAAGAAAAAAACUAGUACCCUUAAGCUUUCUUUAGCCUCUAGUCCUCCAGUUUGCUUGGUUUCUGUUUGGAAAUACAGAUCUAUCACUACCUACAAGGAAAUAUAAAUCCCCCUUUCCAGAGUUAUAGAGAUUCUAAAUAAUCUGGUAGAGCAGAGUUAAUUAAAUCAGUCACUUUAUUAUAUGAAUCAUGUUUUGAGAUGUGUGGCUUGAAGAGGCUCUAUGGCAGUCUGUGCUGGACUUCCAGAAUUGCACAUAUAAGCAUGAGUGUUAGUCUGUUCAUGUUGGCUAGAUUGCUUCGGGGUAAAGGCUGCAGUGACAUGAUUUUUGUUUGGUUGAUUUUGGUUCCUUAUCACAAUCUUGGGUGUUUCUGGAGUUACCCUAGUUUCUGGUAAAGGUCUCUUAGGUAACAGCCUCUGGAAAAUUAAGAAGGAAUUUUCAGAAUGCUUAGAUAAGCCUGGGAAAUUGUAGAAGACCACCCCCUACAUUUUGUAAGAUGAUUGCCUGUAUCUCCUAGUCCCAAUGAUAUUUCCAAAUCAUCUUUUAAAAUUAAAACUCUGUUUGCAUUCCUUGAAAAGACAUUUUUGCAGGACCUUGGAAAGGCGAUUUUAAAGUGCCUGUGGUAGCUGCUGCCAAGUGGUAGUGUGCAUGUGUAGUUGUAUGCAUGGAAAAUGGGAGGUGGAGGCAAGUGGAUAACAAAUGUUGGCUCACAAAGAUCCCUGGGCAUUUACUCGUGUUUGCCAUACACUGCUUCAUAUGGAUUGUGUGAAUUGUAUUAGGUAGACUGCUCCCACAAGCCGAGGCAGUGCAGCUUUUACUUCUCAGGGCUCACCUUACCCAGCCAGGGGUGUCAGGAAAUGAGCUGCUGAGACUCUUCCUGAUGGGAGAAAAAGCACCAACCAGACAAUAGCUAGCAUUAGCCAUUGGGGAGAGAGAGCAGGCACCUGACAUGCUAAAGAUGGGGAUUCUAACAGUUGGGGUUUAUGUCCUGGGCCAGACUUCUUGUGUUUGAGCUAUGUGCCUGUUCAAAGUCCUACCUUUUCAGCCACACUCAGGGAAAUCACCAAGGUCUUUGAGGUAAGUGGAUCACAGGAGGGAUACAAGUCAUGAACUGGGGCUCAGAGAUGUACAUCCAUCCAAAGUUUCCAAAGGUCAGCCUCAUGGAACUGAGAUGGGGAGAUCUGUUCCUGCAAAGCUAUUUUGACUCCAGUGCUUUUUCUGGGCAAGUUGUGGUUCUAGAUUUUCUGCGUGUCACUAGUGCUUUAAAAAGGGGUUAUUCAUUAAAAUCCUACCUGAUCAUGAUAACCUACAGAAGAGAAAUGCUGGCUGGACAAAUGUGAAAAAAUUAACUGAGUAACAAGUACUUGCUUUUAACUAAAUAGUGUAAGGGCUGUGAACGAAGCCUGUUGAGUUGAGCACUAUGGUUAACAAGACUUCCAUUUUUUUAUUACAGUAGUUAAUGGCCUGGAUACUUAAACACCAGUUUCGCAUUUAAAAAAAAAAAAAAAAAAAGGGUUUAUAUAGUUUUGACUUUGUUUUUAAAAAAAAUCUUAGGGUGGUACUUACUCAAAAAAAGCUGACUGCAUUAUGAUUUCAGAUAUUUCAAUCCACCGUGCUUUGUAGGUGCUGUUGCCUGACACAUGGGUAGCAAUUUUGAUGUAAUGGAAACAUUUGGCCAUAGUGCCGGGUCUGUAAUCUCUUGCAAUAAAAUGUUCCUUUUUAACACUG